UCCGAUAAGACAGAAAACAACUCCAAAAUCAAAUUUUUCAAAACUUCGAUAUGCAUGAGGCGGUUAGUCCACUGACAAAAGGUGCAAAGUUUGAUCAGUUUCAGCCAGUCGACCGUGACCCAUAAAGUAUGUGAGUUGUGACCGUUUUCCGGUGCUCGAGCUGUGAGGGGGGAAAGAAGACAACUGAGCUCAAUUCAGCUUCUUUUCAGUCUAUUGAGUAGCCCAUGUUAACUAAUAGUGAAGAAAGUCAGGCCACUGCAUGAAAUAAUAUGUCGAGAAAAAUGUCACGUUUUCUAGUUCGCUUCUCCUCUAUCGUUUCCAGCGGAGCGACUGCCAAAUCAAUUUUACCUCAAAAGAGGAUAUUUGUAGGGAUUCGGCUGAUUUCCACAUCUACGGGUUUGCAGUCACUGACACGUUAUGACCAGUCCACAGAUUGGCAGAGUAAGCUGACUCCAGAACAGUAUGUUGUUACAAGAGAAAAGGGCACAGAGGUGCCGUUCAGUGGCAUCUACCUGAAUCACAAUGAGGUGGGUAUGUACCACUGUGUUUGCUGUGACUCCCCUCUUUUUAGCUCAGAAGCAAAAUAUGAUGCAGGAACUGGGUGGCCAUCCUUCCAUGAGGCUCACGGGACAUGGGAAAAAGACGAGAGUCAUGCCAACAUUGUCCGUCGCCCUGACAACUCGCUUGGUAGCACAGGAACAGAGGUUAUCUGCAAACAUUGUGAUGCCCAUCUUGGACAUGUCUUUGAUGAUGGUCCAGAUCCGAAUGGCCAGAGAUUCUGCAUCAACAGCGUAGCUCUAAACUUUAAGCCCAGAGAAAAAUAAUGCAGAGAUAUCCAGCAGUUAUAUCCUUGGACAGGAUUUUACAGUUAUACAGUACAAAUACAGAAAACAGAUAACAUUUGAAUAACAAAUGUCCACUGUGGUAUGCUAUGAGUUACAGUUUACGAGGUUUAUUUUGGAGGAAAAAAAAAUGUUUGGAGGUUGUGUGUAAGGGAAAGUUGUUGAUUAAACAUCCCAUAUUACCAACCUCAAAAAGGUGUCAUUAUUUUCCUGUCCACUGUAAUGUUGAAUUUUGAUAUCUUGUAUUUUUGCAUAUAACUGUACAUUAAAGGGAGUUCACCCAAAAAUGAAAAUUCUGUCAUCAUUUACUCUCCCUCAAGUUGUUCCAAACCUGUAUAAAUUUCUUUCUUCUGAAGAAUAUGGGUCAACCAAACAGUUGAUGGACUCCACUGACUUCUAUAGUACGGCGAAAACAACAACAAAAACAUGGGUCCCAUCAACUGUUUGGUUACCGACAUUCUUCAAAAUAUCUUCUUUUGUGUUCAGCAUAAGAAAGAAAUUCAUACAGGUUUGAAACAACUUGGGGGUGAGUAAAUGAUGACAAUUUUCAUUUUUUGGGUGAACUAUCCCUUUAAAAUCUGAGAAUGCACUCUCUUUACACUCUGAAAAAUAAAGUUUCCAAAAGAGGUUUUUCACAAUGAUGCCAUAGAAGAAAAAAACCUUUCAGUCAACACUUAAAAGAACCAUUUUUGCUUAGUUUGAAGACCAUUUAAAAGAACAUUUAUUAAAUGGAAAGUUUCCAUGGAUGUAAAAGGUUCCUCAUGAAACCAUCGAUGCCAAUAAAUAACCUUUCCGUUUAAGAAUGUAUGACAAAAAAAAGUUUGUAAAUGACAUGUUUGGUUGUAUUAAAGUGAACAUUGUCGAAAAUGGA